AUGGCUUUGGAAAACCGAGAUCCCCCGGCCUGGAGUCCACCACACCCCUCCAUCUCUUCCUCCACACCGUUGGUGCUCUACAAUUCAUUAACGAAGACCAAGACUCCGUUCAUCCCUGUAGAUCCUUCAGGUCGCAAAGUAACUUGGUAUUGCUGUGGACCAACAGUAUAUGACGCUGGUCACCUUGGCCAUGCAAGAAACUACCUCACGACUGAUGUUCUUCGUCGGAUAAUGAGAGAUUACUUCGGCUACGAAGUCGAGUUUGUUCAAAACGUCACUGAUGUCGACGACAAGAUCAUAAAACGAGCUCGUGAACAACAUUUUCUCGCAAAGUACAAAGCCGAUCACCCAAAAAUCGACUCACAGGUGCUAGCGGAUACCAGACUAGCAUACGACAAAUAUGCUCAAGAUACGGCCGGCUUCCCCCACGAUACUGUCUCGAUAGAGCAACUGCCAGAAUGGAUGACGACUCAAAAAACACUCUUGGAGAGCCCUAUCCUUGACGAAACCCAGACGAUCUUCAAAGUCCGAAUCCUUGCUCUCGACAGCGUAGCAAAAGCCCUCCGCGAUGCCCAGAACAAUCCUUCUCCAGAUCCCUCGCAAUUCUGGCCACUAGUCGACAGCGUCCUCUCCAUUUACCUCGGGGAUGUUAAGAAAAGCGAAAUAUCACCGGAUCAGCACGCCAUUUUCGCCGAUUAUGCUGCGUACUGGGAGAACCACUUUAAUGAGGAUUUGCGAACGCUCAACAUUCUCCCCCCGACUGUAACAACCCGCGUCAGCGAGUUUAUUCCGGAGAACAUUGCGUUUGUUCAGCAAAUUAUUGACAAUGGGUUCGCAUACGCUAUCCCUGGUGGGACGGUCUAUUUCGACGUGGAUGCGUUCGAGAGGGCUGGGCACUAUUAUGCAAAGUUGGAACCAGGAAAUAGGAAAGGUGAAGCCAAGCAGGAGGAGGACACACCCGCUGUCGAGGCACCCACCAAUGUCGCUACCACAUCGGAGGCAGAGAUUCAGAACGAGAAGGCUCAGAAACGAAGUCCCCGAGACUUUGCGUUGUGGAAGAAGAGUCGAGUUGGCGAGCCUGGUUGGGAAAGCCCUUGGGGCUACGGCCGCCCUGGGUGGCACAUUGAGUGUUCAGCGAUGGCCAGUCAAGUUUUGGGAGCACAGUUCGAUAUCCAUUCAGGUGGAAUUGAUCUGGCAUUUCCCCACCACGACAACGAACUAGCGCAAUCCGAAGCUUACUGGCACAAGAACCCGAAGGAAUCGCGAGGGCCUGUUCAAUGGGUGAACUAUUUCAUCCACAUGGGUCACCUUUCCAUCGCUGGUAGCAAGAUGUCAAAAUCCUUGAAGAACUUUAUCAGUAUCAGGGAUGCUUUGGCAAGUGGCGAUUGGACUGCGAGGAAGCUGCGUAUUCUUUUCAUGAUGGGUGGAUGGAAAGGCGGUCUGGAAAUAUCUCAAAACUUCAGGGCUGAAGUCGAUCUUUGGGAGAAGACCGUUACGAACUUCUUCUCGAACGUGGAGGCACUUACACGGGAGUCGGAGACGAGCGGUGGACCCCGCCCAAGGCAUUUGUUCAGGUCGCAAGAGAAGCAGCUCUUCACCGAUCUCGAAACCGCCCAAAAAGAUCUUCAUGUCGCGUUGUGCGAUUCAUUCAACACUGGCUCAGCGCUUUCCACCAUCCUCGAUCUCAUCAGCAAGACUAACACCUACCUCAAGGAGAAUCAAAAGUCAGCUAGCAACCCCGACGCCUACUUCUCCCUCACAGCCGUCAGGGAGGUCGCGCGAUGGGUAACAAAGAUGCUUCGCAUCUUUGGUUUGUCAACUUCCGCGGACCUCAUUGGUUGGGGCACAGACGCGCCCGCCGGUCCCGACGGUGCACAGAACAAAGAAGCCGUCGCCCUCCCAUAUGUACAAGCCUUGUCGCGAUUCCGAGACCAAGUCAAGUCACUUGCCCUCGUCAAUAAGACCAUCCCUGUCUGCCAAGAACUCCUUCAACUCUGCGACAGCCUUCGAGAUGACCAGCUUCUCCACCUUGGUGUCUCUCUCGAAGAUAGGGAUAGUUCGAUAGGAGAACCAGCUCUUAUCAAGUUUGGAGAUCCCGCUGAACUACUCGCUGCCCGUGAAGCCAAGGUACAGGCACAACUCGAGAAAGAGGCGAAGAAAGCUGCUGCUAAAGCAGAGGCCGAGCGAUUAGAGAGGGAGAAGGCGGAGAAGGCGCGGGUGAGGCCUCAGGAUAUGUUCAGGACGGAGGAGUACUCGGAGUGGGACGAGGACGGUCUUCCCACGAAGGACGCCCAGGGCGAGGAGGUGACCAAGUCAAAGAAGAAGACCUUGAAGAAGGCUUGGGACAAGCAGAAGAAGUUGUACGAGACUCAGCUGGCAAAGGAUGCUGCUGAUGCGAAGGGCUGA